AUGAAUGGGUACAGCGGUUAUAAUCAAGUCAAGAUGAAAGAAUCAGAUGCUACUAAAAUGGCAUUAUCAACACCAGUCGGAAAUUUUUAUUACGUGGUUAUGCCUUUCGGAUUGAAGAAUGCAGGUGCCACAUAUCAACGAGCCAUGACUCUCAUCUUCCAAGACCUCAACCACAAGGAAAUGGAAGUGUAUGUGGACGACAUCAUUGUUAAGGCGAAGAAGAGAGCAGAGUUUGUGCCUAACCUUAGGCGGGUUUUGUCUCGAUGUCGGAAUUAUGGUCUCAAAAUGAACCCAGCUAAAUGUACUUUCGGGGUAACUUCCGGAAAGGUUUUGGGGUUUAAAGUCACUAAGGCUGGGAUCGAAAUGGAUGAAGAUAAGGAAAAUACAAUCAUGGAAAUGUCAGCCCCUAAAAACAAAGAAGAGCUUCAAGCGCUAAUAGGCAAAGUCUCCUAUGUACGCCGAUUUAUACCGGUUUUGGACACCAGCAUGGCAAGCCUUCUUCCGCUACUCAGAAAAGGAUCCAGUUGGGUAUGGGCGGAAGAGCAGCAGAUGGCAUUUGACAAAAUCAAAGUGUGCCUAACACACCCACAUGUGAUGCGCCCUCCAAUCCCGGGGGAACCUUUAUAUCUCUAUGUUGCAAACACCGAUAAAGCAAUAGGUGCAGUGCUCGUCCAAGACAUGGGGAAUGACAACCUAACCCCUAUAUAUUAUAUAAGCAAAGCACUAAAAGAUGCGGAGCUACGUUACUCACCAGCGGAAAAGGCAUGUCUUCCCUUAAUUCUAGCAGCACAGAAACUAAGACAUUAUCUGCUAGCGCACCGAACCUAUGUAGUGGCGUCGGGAAACCCAAUAGCUUAUUUUUCUGCGACCACUAUCCCGUCAGGAGGGAUGGCCCGUUGGUCAGUGCAACUUUUUGAAUUCUCCCUCCAACCAGCAAAACCUAAGGGGAUCCGGGGUCAAGCUAUUGCAGACUUGUUGGCAGCUUUUCCAGGGUGUGAAACAACUUCUCUCCAUGAAGACAUCCCCGGAGAAAUAUCUAUGGAAGAAGAAUCCAAGUCGUGGUUACUUUACUUUGACGGAUCAUCGCAUGGACACAAAGGAGGUGCAGGGGUUGUUCUGAUUACCCCAGAUGAUGAACUGAUAUCCAAGGCAUUUAAACUCGACUUCCCAUGCACGAAUAACGCUGCUGAAUACGAAACUUUUCUUUUAGGUUUAAAAAUUGCUAGAAACCUGGGAGCUAGAAACGUCGAAGUUAAAGGGGACUCUCGAUUUCUAAUACAGCAAACGUUAGGUGAAUUCAGUGUUAAGGAACCAACGUUAGCCGCAUACCGAGAUAAAUUUCAGAGAUUAAUCGAAGAAUUUGACAACGUGUCACUCGCUCACACAGGCAGAACAUCUAAUAGACACGCUGACGCCCUAACUACUCUGGCAUCUAGUAUGCAGAUGAUAAAUGUGACCGAAGAAACUAUCACGGUAAUAAAAAACACAAUUCCAUCAACUUGGUUCGAGGAUGUCAUUUUUGAGGACGCGGAUGACUGGCGACGCCCAAUCCUAAACGAUCUUAAACAACAACCUGAGGACCGACAAUUAUCGUGGAAGGAUUUGAGCAAAUGCUGUGAAGAAGGGUAUGAAGAUGGUGGUGCUGAGGAAAGGCUACUGUUGCAAGGUGAAAUGUUGAGGUUGAUUGAAGCUGCAGAAUGGAAAGAGAAGGUGCUGGGAGCAAGUGAAAGCAAUUAUCUAAUGCAGUAUUAUGUUGUCGACUGCACAAGUGAAGAAUGGCAGGGAAGAGCUAAGCUGUCGCAGGUGUGUGUUGGAAUGCAUGAGAUAGCAGGGAAGAUGGCUCUGUUUGAAGUUGUUGUUGGAGGAAAUUGCAAGCUGAUGAGCAGGUGCAGUUUAAGCUGUUGGAGCUUGGAAAUGAUGAAGAAUGAAGCCGAUGGUCUGAUGCUGCAGAAAGUAGUGCAAUUGUUGCAGGGUGUGUACAAGGCAAUGGGAACUGCGAGUACAAGCAUUGCAGGGUCGAAACUCAAUAGAAAUGGCUCGACAAUUGUGCUGGUGUAUGGAACAGAUGCAAAUGUAGGAGUGAUUGGUACUGCUGGUGAAGAGCAAGGUUAUGUUGGUGGUUUGAGAUUGGUUUGA